AUCAUUAGAAAUAGAAACGACUUUGACGAAUAAUGGAAAUGUAUAGUGAAUGUGGCAAUAUUCUUAUUCUUAACAUCACGCCGAAAAAAUAUUUGUAGAAAUAUACUUAUUUUAAUUAUUUAUUAAUAUUGAAAACUUACUACAGAAUUUAAAAAUUUAGUCAUGGCUGAUAUUGAAGAACCUACAGAUAUGGUUGAAGAUUAUGAAGAAGGAGAACCCGGAGAUGAAGCUUUAGAUGAAAUAGAGCAAACUGAAGAAGGGAGUUUUGCAUUAUUGCCUGCAUCUGAGUUGCAACCACAGAAGAAUCAGAAACGUUCAACUACACCAUUUAUGACUAAAUAUGAAAUGGCUCGAGUUCUUGGCACUAGAGCACUCCAGAUAGCAAUGAAUGCCCCAGUUAAUGUUGAACUUGAAGGUGAAACUGAUUCAUUACAAAUAGCCAUGAAAGAAUUAAGAGCACAUAAAAUUCCAAUCAUCAUUAGAAGAUAUUUGCCUGAUGGUAGUUAUGAGGAUUGGGGAGUUGAAGAAUUGAUAAUCAAUGAGUAAUUUGUCUGCAUUACAUCAUCAUAAUUCAUAUUCAUCAUUGCAAAUUUUGUAAAUAUGCAUUAAAAUUAUCACCAUGAAUAAAUUUGUACAUUAUUUGAUUAUUUUAAUAAACACACAUAAAAAAUCCUGCA